CACAAAAAAAUUGUUUCGUCCUCAACGUCGACGCGAAAACCCCGUCCCGCACCUUCUAUAGGUCUACCUUCUCUUUCCUUCAUUACUUUACGGGCGUAAUAACAUGGCAUUUGGUGCAUCCGGCGGUCGCGGUGGAUUUGGCGGAGGACGUGGUAGGGGUGGAGGUGGCGAUAGAGGUGGCCGAGGCGGUGGAAGGGGUGGUGGACGUGGAGGUCGAGGUGGAGGCGUCCGAGGCGGAGGCGUUCAAGGCCGUGGUCGAGGUGGUGGUGGUGGACGUGGUGCAGGCGGUCGUGGCGGGGGUCGUGGAGGAAGAGGUGGCGCAAAGGGCGGUUUUAAUGUCGUUGUCGAACCUCAUAGGCAUCCAGGCAUCUUCAUUGCCAAAGGAAAGGAACAAAUGCUUGUUACGAAGAACCUCGCCCCCGGAGAUUCUGUUUACGGUGAAAAACGGAUAAGUGUUGAGGGUGGUGUCGAUGGAACGAAGGUCGAAUACAGAGUGUGGAAUCCUUUCCGGAGUAAGUUGGCUGCUGGGGUUCUUGGAGGACUGGACGACAUUUUCAUUGCGCCCGGAAAGAAGGUCCUGUAUCUUGGUGCUGCUAGUGGUACUAGUGUCAGCCAUGUUGCUGAUAUUGUUGGUCCGGAAGGAAUAGUUUACGCAGUCGAAUUCUCUCUACGGUCAGGUCGUGACCUUAUAAACAUGGCCAAGAAACGGACGAAUGUCAUUCCUAUCGUGGAAGACGCUCGUCUCCCUCAAAAGUACCGAAUGCUCCUCUCACAAGUCGAUGUUAUUUUUGCAGACGUUGCACAACCCGACCAAGCACGUAUCAUCAUUCUUAACGCCGAACACUUCCUCAAAGACGGUGGCCACAUCGUUAUAUCAAUAAAAGCUAGCUGUAUCGACUCAACAUCCGCACCCGAGGUUAUCUUUGCCAGCGAGGUGCAGAAGUUAUCGGAUAACAGAUUCAAGCCCCUCGAACAGGUUCCUCUGGAGCCUUAUGAGAGAGAUCACGCUAUGGUUUCAGCGCAAUACAUAAGAAGUAAACCAAAGAAGGCAUAGUGGGGUUGAGGGUGAUUUCUCCUGUGAUUUGCCUGUUUAGCCCGUAGCCCGUCGAUCUGUUC